AUGACUCACAGCCGCCAACCCUCCAGCCCAGCGCUCACCCCCCUUCUACUGGCCGUGCUGCUGGGCGGCCCCGCUCUGGCCUCAGAGAUCGUGGGCGGCCGGCCAGCCCAGCCCCAUGCCUGGCCUUUCAUGGUGUCCCUGCAGCGGCGCGGGGGCCACUUCUGCGGGGCCACUCUCAUCACCCGAAGCUUCGUCAUGUCUGCGGCUCACUGUGUGAAUGACUUAAACUUCCGGUCGAUACAGGUAGUGCUGGGGGCCCACAAUCUGCGUCGGCCUGAGCGCACACGGCAGAUAUUUGCCGUCCAGAGGGUCUUUGAGAACGGCUUUGACCCCAUAAGCCUGCAGAACGACAUCGUGAUCCUCCAGCUCAACGGGACGGCCACCCUCAAUGUGAACGUGCAAGUGGCCCGGCUGCCCGCCCAAGGCCGUGGCGUGGGUAAUGGGGUGCAGUGCCUGGCCAUGGGCUGGGGCCGGCUGGGCAUGAACAGGCCACUACCUAGUGUCCUGCAGCAGCUCAAUGUGACCGUGGUGACCUCUCGCUGCCGCCGCUCCAACGUGUGCACUCUAGUGCGUGGCCGGCGGGCUGGCAUCUGCUUUGGGGACUCCGGCAGCCCCCUGAUCUGCAAUGGAGUGGUCCAGGGCAUCGACUCCUUCAUCCAGGGAGGCUGCGGCUCUGGGAUCUACCCAGACUUCUUUGCCGCUGUGGCACAGUUUGCAAACUGGAUCGACAGCAUCAUCCGCCGCCAUGAUGACCGGUCCCCUCCCUACCCUAGGGACGCCACGAACAGGACCCCCUAAGAGGAACUCCCCCAGUCAUCGCACCUCACCUGCUCACGGCUGCGUUAUCCACUGGCACGAUAAAAAUCCUCUUUGUUUUGUAGACCAUGUCUGGGAGUUUGUUGGCUGUGCAAUUGGCUGUUGAAAGUGGUCAGGAGGGUGUCUUUGGACAAGGAGAGUACGCUACCACUAGGUGGCGGCAAAGUCAGGGCAUUGGAGCAA